AACCAAUUGACGGUACUGGGCUGUUGUAUAUUAUCUCCAUCUGUUGAAAUUGCGAGUUCAGCGUCGCGUACUCGUCCAAUCGCUCCCAUAAAGCUCGUAAAAGCCAGUCACUUUUUUUCAGCCAGUCUUUUUUCUCCAGUCUUUUUUUGGAGGCUCUAUUUCUUGUUUUUCAGGCAUUGAUCGUGCCAAUUGGUCUUGUUUAUUCCACCACAAUUCGUCCCCAAUGGCUGAAAAGGACUUGAUUCACCACUACAAGGUGUUGAAGCAGUUUCUAGACAUCUCAGACGACUCGUCGUCUAACAGAGCCGCCAAACAAUCUACACGUGCUGCUCGUGCUAGAGAAAAGUUGCUAAAGCUCUCGCUGGCGCAGUUCAAAGAACUCAGCACCGACGUGUACGAUGAGCUCCGCAGACGUAUCGAUGAGUCUCGAGGCGAACCAGACUACUUGUUGCCUAAGUCACAGUUCCACCCCAAGAGAAACCAGGCUCGUCAGAAGCUUGCUUCCUUGCCUCAGACCAGAUUCAAGGACUUGGUUCUGGACAUCCUGUUUGAGAUCGAAAGAAGAAAUUUACACGUAGAACAACUUGCGCCUCUGCUGCAAACCCAGAACCAGUAUCAAAACCAAAACCUACACCAAAGCCAACACCAACAUCAAAAGGAAAAUAACCACCGCCAUCAACAGAGUGUCUCUUCGUCACAUUUGGGUACGACCAAUUCUGUUUCCGACAGAUCAAGGGAUCAUACUUCACAUGAACACGAAACACCAAAAUCGGUCAAUGAGUCAGAUCUCAUUGACACAUCCAUGGCCUCCACUGCCACUGAUGCCAACAACCAUUCAAUUGGGAUUCAGUCGAAAACCUUAGUUCCUACCAAGGCCAAUCUCACUUGGUCCAGUGAUGAAGAAAGUGACGCAGAAGACCUUGAGCACAAGCAAAACGGCGAACAUGAAGAUGAACAUACACAUAAAGAUGAGCAUAGCCAUUCUAGAGAUAUAGGUGGUUCAAGUACUAGUGCUGGAGUAGAUUCUGGUUUGGCUGCUGGUGCUGUAGCUACCGGUGCUGGUGUAGCAGCUGUAGGUGUUGCUGGUGCUUCUUUAGUUCAUCACGAUCACAAUUUGAGGGAAGAAAAUGAAAACUUGAAGUCAACUAUAGCACAAUUGACUACAAACUUGGCAGCUCUCGAAGAAAAGCACAAUGGACUUAACGAAGCACACGAAAAGCUUCAAGGAGACCACGAAUCAUUGCUUGUUCAACACAGAAAUGUCAACGACAAUCUUGAUAAAUUGCACCAGGAAAAGAACUUACUUUUGGAGAAGGAAAAAUCACUGGAUAUACAGGGAUAUGAAGAAGAGAUCAACAAGUUGAAAUCCGUCAAUGCCUCUUUACGUUUAGAAAACCAAUCCUUGAAGAGUUCUACAAGAGAAGUCGGCAAUUCUCCUCUUAGAUCGAAUGCUGGUAUCCCAAACAUAUCUAGAGACUUAUCCCAGAAUGCUUCGGAAGACCUUCCUGAAACCACCAAAGCUAACAGAGCCAAAGAUAUCAGCACUUUCUUCGACAAGUUGGAUAAUUUGGGUCCCAAGCCUGUUUCCCAGAAAUAUUCUCCUCCAUUGAAGAACGAAUUGGAGUUCUGGCAAAAGAAGUUUGAAGAAGCUCGUUCUAACACCAUAUCAAACAAAAUCUCCACGAGAAGUUUAUCAUCAGAUAAGCUAUCAUCUCUUGUAUCUCCUAGCGGCUUGCUUUCUAUUAAGUUGGUUGCUGAUUUACAGUCUUUGAUUGAAUCCUUUUUGAUCUCUUUAAACGAGCAAAAUGUCGAUUCAGACACUUUGUUUGACAAGAUUUCCAAGUUGUCGAUAAUAGCCAACGAGAUUGCAAACCAAGGCGACCAUCUGAGACGAAACACUAACGAGUUUUCUGUUGUUCUCAGAGAAAGCGUCAGCUAUGGUCUUACUGCCACAAGGUAUUAUGCCAUGUAUACGACUAUUCUUCCAAAGGUUAUCGUUGAACGUGCAGUUGGAGAAAUCAGUUUCUCUCUUUGCGACUUGGUCUCAUCUGUCAAGUUGAGAGAAAGCUCUUCCGAGACCAGAAAAAUAGAACCUUCUACACCAGAAGUAAGUCGUCAAAUAAAAACAACUAAUGAUGAUUUCGGAGUUCGUCCAUUGCGCAUGGCUAACAAGUUGCGAGAAAUCCAAAAUCAGCAAUCGUUUAGUUCUCCAAGUGAAGAACCGGUUGGCAAAAUCGAUAACGAUCCAGUAGCGAAGUCAAUUGAUAUCCCUAUUGUUCGCGAGAGUCCAAUUGAAAAGCCUCUUGGAGAAAGCUCGUUGGUUGUAGAUGAAAAUCAAGCUGAAAAUGAAGUUCAUCAAGCUGAGAAUGAAGUCCAAGCUGAAAACAGAUCGAUCCAAAAUAACGAGCCAUUAGUUGAAGAGACUCCAAUUGUUCAAGAUGUCACCACGAAAGACUUAGAUAAUGUAACUGAAAAGCAACCAAAUCCAUCUACAGAAGACGAAGAACCAAUUGCCAACCCUAACUUAAGUACGCCUCAAAAAACUAGAUCAUUAAAAUCAUUGAUUCCUAAUGCAUUCACUGCUUUCAGAGCCAAACAGCAAGAGUCAUCUCCAAAACGCGAAGAUUCCUUAAAGGCUAAUGAUGUCAAAUCUUCUCCAAGUAGAGGUAGUCCAAGAGGUGCUCACAUAUCAGAGUUGACGUCCAAAUUUGAACAUAAGGACGAGUCUGCCAAUAAUGAUGCUGUUAUCAGAGGCUCGCCUAAUAGCACCCCUAUCAAAAAGAAGAUUCUUGAUAAAGUCAGACAAUUUGAAAGUCCAACUGACGAUUCUGCCAGCACUAAGUCUUUGAGUCCGGCUUAUUCGAAAAAUGCGAGAUAUUCAUUCGAGCUGGAUGUAGACUCACCAUUCAAAGUAGCAGACAAGAAGGUUUUGUCUGAGCCAUUUGAACUUGGAAAGACAGAGGAGGAGGUUGCUGUUCCCAAGAAGGGAAUCUUCCAAACAUUGCGUGAGAAAUUAGCUACUGAUUCUGACAAGAACGCUGACGACUCCAUUAACUCUGAAGAUGGAUCUUUUGAAGCUGAGAAGAACGAUCGUAGUAUCGUCAAAGAUACAUCUUCAACAGCCGAGACUACGCCAUCUAGAGAAAUUGAAGAAGAUAACUCUACCCUAAAGAAUAUUGCUAUAUCUGCAGACUCUGAAGUUGACGUUCCUUCAACGACGUCUCAAGAUACUGUAGAAGCUGGAGAAGUAACCAACAAGGCUCUUUCUAGUCCAAAGACUGUAGUAGCUGUGCCAACUCCAAGUACUACAAAGAGUGUGAAGUACGAAGACAACGACGAAGAGGAGUCUGAUUACGAAGAAGAAGACUCUGAGAUGUCGGCUACUAGUGAAGCAAGACAAAGACAGGAGUACCGUAAGUCAAUGGCUGCUGCUACUUUCAAUGUUGACUUGUUCGACAUUGAUGAUCCUGAUAACACUUUGACGCAAGUCUUACUUUAUUUGGAGCAUCAGACCGUCCAAGUCAUCUCUACUAUCCAGUCAUUGCUUUCUGCUAUCAAGAAGCCCAACUCCACCAGAGGAGACUUGCGUGAAAAGUCCAAGGCUAUCACUGAAGUUAUUUCACAAAUGACUGAAGCUACAAACACGUCCAUGAACCAGACCCGUAAUGCUCAAUUGAAGGAGCACGGAAGCUGGGUCGUCAAGAGCUUGGAAGACUGUGAACAUCGUAUGAGCAUCUUGUGCAAACCAAACUCAGAAAAGAGCGACCAACAAUUUGCUGAUAAGAACUUCAAACAGAGAUUGGCUGGUAUCUCCUUUGACAUCGCUAAAUGUACCAAGGAGCUUGUGAAGACUGUGGAAGAGGCCAGUCUUAAGGAAGAUAUUGCUUACUUGGAGAACAGACUCAGUCGUGGUGAUGACUUGACUUAA